UCAUUGCGAUCCCUAUCUCAAAACCAAAAAAACCCGAGAAUGAUAGAGGGGUAGGUUUCAAGAGGAGAGGGAAAGAAAAAAAAAAAAGAGUCCUUUCAAAAUAGAACUAAUACUUCAUAACUUCGGUACACAUGCCCCUCCUACCCCCCACAGUAACAUUAGCCCGAAACAGAAACACAUCGCGAAUCGCCAGCCCAUGGCUCGAGCACACUUUGCCACUUCCCCAGACCACUCACAUCUCUCUUAUUGCAAAGUUCGGUCCCCAAGCUGGGGUGGAGGAGCACGGUCGCCAGGUGAGAUUAGGUUUCAGAGUGGAGUUAUCUCGGCAUUCAUUUUUGGCUGUUGGAUUGGUUGGGGGUAAGCUGGGACUUUUGGGAAUUGAGUUGGUGAGGCCGUGCUGUGAUAUACUGGUGGUCAGGGUGCUAAUGGAGACUGAGGUUGCUGUUUGGGGGAUCGGUGGGUGGGGGUUUUCAGAUCUUGGAUCCAUGGUAUCUGAUGGACUCCGGGAUCUGAUUGGGGUGGAGGGAACAUGCUUGACGUUUGGGACCCUUUCGGGCAGGCCGAUUCUUGCCGAUCAUUCUGUUCAUGGUUGAGUCAGGUUGGGAUGGGUAGAGUCGGACAUUGAGUCGUUAAGGGUUCAUAUUGUGGAUUGCAUUGUGGGUCGCUGAAUGUGUGUGUUUGUAGGUAUGGAUUUCUUGAAUUUGGAGUUUCUUCUAACUCAAUG